AUGCGCUUCCUUACGGAUUCUCGUGGCCUGGGUGACCCAAACUCUGAGGAGGUGCCUCUCCUUGUCAUCGGGGCUGGGCUCCCUCGCGCUGCCACAUCAUCAAUGCAGGCGGCUUUUGAGAAGCUAGGCUGCGGACCAUGCAUGCACAUGGCAGAGGUCCUCCCCCAUCCUUCGCGUUUACGCCUCUUCAUCGCCGCGCUGCGCGAGAAGAAUCCCGAAGUUCGACAAAAGAUGGUCAAGCAACUCAUUCACGGCCAUCGUUCCAUCUGCGAUCUUCCCGUCGUGUACUUCACACCAGACAUGAUGGACGCAUAUCCAGAUGCCAAGAUUGUGCUCAACCAAAGACCUGACCCUGAAGUCUGGGCCAAGAGUGCUGAGGAGAGCUUCUGGUUCUUCUUCAGUCCUUGGUUCUACUGGGUUGGUCUGCUCUGGUCUUCUGACCGAAUGUGGUAUACACUCAACAUGGAGAGCAUCAAGUUGUGCAAGGAGAAGUAUGGUUCAGCUAAUAUUUUCUCGGCGGAAAUGUAUAACAUGUAUAACGAGGACGUGCUGGCGGAGGCGACGAAGAGGAAUCGAGAGGUUCUCCAGUUCAAGGCAGAGGACGGAUGGGCGCCUCUUUGCAAAUUCUUGGGCAAAGACGUUCCGAAUGAACCUUUUCCUCGAUUGAAUGAGAAAAAGACCUUCCAGAUCGUGAAAUAUGUAUUCAUCGCGAAGGGGCUUUUGUCUUGGGUUGCCCUUUUCGGCGCCACGUGGGGACUUUGGAGAGUCGCGUCGUGGUACAUGUAA